CCUUGAAAAUGGUCUUAAUGCAAGUUUUUCAAAAACCAUGAUAACAUUGUGUCAAUGUAUAAUAACAUAGGGGGUGAAAGUGUGAAUAGUUUUGGGCAUAGAGAUCACAAGAUAAAAGAAACCAGGGUUUCUGAAAUGGCAGAUUUUCUCGAGAUCAAAACGCCAUGCCGAAGAACAAGGGAAAGGGGGGUAAGAAUCGAAAGAGGGGUAAGAAUGAAGCCGACGAUGAGAAACGAGAGCUGGUGUUCAAAGAAGACGGUCAAGAAUACGCACAGGUCCUCCGUAUGCUCGGCAAUGGCCGCUGUGAAGCCAUGUGCAUCGACGCCACCAAACGCCUUUGUCACAUCCGUGGGAAGAUGCACAAGAAGGUAUGGAUCGCCGCCGGUGACAUCAUCCUUGUCGGACUGCGUGAUUACCAGGACGACAAAGCUGACGUUAUCCUGAAGUACAUGCCGGACGAGGCCAGGCUCUUGAAGGCUUACGGCGAGUUGCCGGAUAAUAUUAGGCUUAAUGAAGGUAUCGCCGGUGGACUCGAUGAGGAGGAUGAUAAUGGCGUUGAUGAUUACAUUGAGUUUGAAGACGAAGACAUUGACAAAAUAUAGGUGUCCAAAUGGAGAUUGGAUGGACCAGCAGAGAAUUGAAAUUGAUUUGAAUCCAAAUUGGGGGUAAAAAUUAGGGCUUGUACAAAAUAAGGUCUUUCAAUGAUAUUACAAACGUAUUAACAUGAUAAUGCGUAAGGAUCUGAAUAAAGGGGAUAUAUGUAUUGAUGAUCAUUACCCUUUUCCACAAUAUGUAUGUAUAUAUAUAUGAAUUCAAUUCAAUCUAUAGCUAAAAUGCCUUCAACCGAUUUCGUG